AUGCAGUCAACAACAUACCAGAUCAUCCUUUAUGGUACAAUAGCUACCUUAACUGUGGUAGUUUUCUUCUAUCUUUUCCAACACCGUCGUCAGCCAUCUUCUGGUCAGCUCUCCUCCCACAAGACCAUCACUUUUCGUGUCCAAACUGUCCCUGGCGACUGGAAUAAGAAGACGCUACAAGAGGAGCUAGCUGCCGACUUCGAUACCGAGCUCAAUGCAGUCUCUGUUCACUCCAUCGUCAAAGACAUUCGAGGAGAAACGAACGAUGCUUUGGUCACCUUUGAUCAGACGCCUUUGAAGUUACAAAACCUUAAUAGAGGUAUCACAUAUACUACUGAAAGACAUUCGUUGAGCCUGGACAGCGACUUUUUUGACCUGACGGUUUUAUAUACGCCGCCAGAGGAGUCACAUCAAAUCGAUAUUGUCAUUGUACCCGGACUCGGUGGUCACGCCUUCGGGUCAUUCAAAGGGAAAGGCAGCGACCAUAUGUGGCCACGAGAUGCGUUGCCACAAGAGUUAAAAUAUAAUGGCCUUGGUGUGGCUCGAAUUAUCUUGUAUGGCUAUCCUUCGUCAUUGCUGGACAAGGACAGUACCCAAGACAUCAGUACAAUCUCUCUCACAUUGAGUCAGAGCCUGGCCGAACUGCGCGGAAAACACGGCGCAGCGCCCAGGCCAAUCAUUUUUAUUGGUCACAGCAUGGGUGGACUGGUUAUUAAGAAGGCUCUUGUCUUCUUAGGAACAAGCUCGAACGCAGAGGCUGUACAGCUCUUCCACGCCUGUCGCGGAGUCGCCUACUUUGGAGUUCCGCACAACGGCAUGAACAUGGAUCGUCUGAAAGCUGAACUUGGCCCUGGAUUUAAUGACGUACUCUUGGACUCUCUGAGUCAUCGAAACUCACAGUUCCUUCGACAAAUGGAUUUGGAUUUGGCGACGCUGCUGGCCAAUGUUAAAUACAAGUUACACCGCCGUGAUAUUUAUGAGACAGAAGGGUCUGCACAGCUAGAGAAGGGCAAAUCUGGAAAGCUAAUAGAGGGUCAGACAAAAGAGUUGUUUGUAACGGCGACCUCGGCUGCGCCGCCUCGUUCUCGUGAUGAAGAGGCUGCAAUUAUGCGUGGUCAUUCAGAUAUGGUCAAGUUCCGAAGCCGAAACGAAAGCGAGUGGAAGCAGGUUGGCCGUCUUCUCGUUGGCCUAGUCAGAGAUGUGUGGACAACCGAGCAACAGGGUCAGGGCAAUAUGCAAGACAGUCUUGGUUGUCGAUUUUCAGAACCUGAUGCAGGCACUUGUGAGUGGAUACUACGAAAUUCGGAUUAUAUCCAUUGGAAAGAGGAUCAAACUCCUCAAAGAUCGAAAAUCCUCCUUAUAGAAGGAAAACCAGGAUCUGGAAAGUCAUACGUCAUGAAAGCCGCGGUUGACGAUUGUAAAGAGCAUGGCCUCCCGCUACUAUGCUUUUUCUUUGAUGGACGUUCGGAUGGCAACGUCAGUAUUCAAUCGGAGAUCAGCAUGUACAAAUCAUUCCUCUUUCAACUUCUAGAAAGGGUAUCCUACCCAGAACUAGCAGAUGUGAAGAAGACAUCUCUGACAUACCGCUGCGAGGAUGGCAAAUCAUGGUCACAGGAUGGCAUAUGGAAGGCUAUCAUAUCUGUUCUCAAUCAUCUUUCCUGUCGCGAUCUUUUCAUCUUUAUUGAUGCUGCUGACGAGUGCAUGGAUCCAAAUAUGCCGAGCCUGCCUACUUUCUUCUACGAGACACUGGAAGGGAGAUGCAUUCGUCUUUGUCUCUCAGCGCGAACGGCACGAUCCUUUGAUGUUGCGGACCGUUGCCCUAACGUCCAAAAAAUUGAUAUCGCAGCCUACAAUCAAUCUGACAUCGAGAAGAUGCUGAGCGCAAUGCUGCGCUUCCGCCGACUCGAUCAGACUCGGCCAGUUCUCUUUGACCAAAUGGUCAAGACGUUAUCUAGACGAGCUUCCAAUGUGUUUAUGUGGGCUCAUAAGGCGGUUAAACAUAUCGCAGACAUGGGGUUCAGCAGCGAUCGAUCUGAUGAAGAGUUCAUUAGGUACAUUGACAAGCUCCCUAAUGACCUGUCCGGCUUGUAUGGACAUCUCCUGCGCCAGGUUCUCCCAGCAGACCGAAAACAGACCUGCGACCUCCUACUUAUCAUCCAGGUCUCUCUGCGUCCCCUUUCUCCAGCCCAUAUCCGAUCUAUGUUAGAAUGUUCUUCAGGGGUGCCCGUAACCUUGGGGUCUCCGGACGACAUGAAAAAGCUUAUCAAGAACCGCACUGGUGGACUCGCCGAGGAUUAUGAGCUCGACUACUAUUCUGGGGACAGAAUGAAUGCUGUCAAACUCAUGCACAAGUCUGUUGGCGAUUUCUUGAUCGAAGAUGCCGGUCUCCGUGUCCUUGACAGUCGGUUUGGAACUGGCGAUGCCGAGGCACAACUUCAUCUGGCUGCUUUUCAGCUUUGCAUGCGUGCCGUUACCUAUAAACUUGACACCGAAUGCGACGACAAGAGUAUCCUCUUCUUGCCGUAUGCGGUCUUGUUUUGGGCUAUGCAUAUCCGAAAAGGUGAAGCAAGCAUUGAUGAAGAAUGGAAAUGCCCUCAGUUGCUUGAAAGUUGCGGUUGGGAUAGCGAAAGACUCUUACAACUCUUUGAGAGCCACGAUUCCCAUCGCGAUUACAGAGCUUUCAAACCCAACGACACCCCUCAUUCAUGGAUGAUGUACGGCGAGACAAGUAUGCUUGUCUUUCUAGCAUAUUCGGGGUGCACCAAGCUCGUGACCCGGCACCUUUCCAAAUGUCGCCAAUGCCAAUCGCCCAAGGGCGAGCACAGUCUGCAGCGAGCCGUUCUCGUGGCUUUGCACGGAAACUACUGGGCCACAGCCAAGGCAAUUCUAGAGCACCCCGUAGCUGCGAAUGCAGAUUUGGCCGUCGACACAGCACACCCCGAGGAUAGCUCUCCCCUGUAUAAAGCAUGUGUAUCGGGCUGCAUUGACACUGUGGACUUUCUCAUGCGCCGCGACGCUGAUCCCCUCCAGUGGCACGAAGAUCAACCCUGCUUGUUUCCUAUGUAUGCUGCUGUUGUCCUUCAUGAUAACUCACAUGUUGUCAACGCAAUGCUAAAGCACUGUGGUGAAGAUAGGUCCCGUAUCGAGGCGUUGUUCUCCGCGCAAACAGAUACAGGCAACACGGUCUUUCAUGGUGCUGUGGAAGAGGGACGCUCUCGUUCGCUCGACUUGCUCAUGUACGAGGCCGCACGUGAGCCUGAUAUUGUGCUAAAGAAUGCCUUGACACAGGUCGAUAACGCAAAUUGUACUGCAUAUGGCGUAGCUAUUUACUAUAUGGAUCUUUUGGAAAGGGGAGAGGAGAUUGACGUCGGAGCAGACGCAAAAUCGCUUCGCCACGCUAUUACAACAUUCGAGAGGGCUAAACAGAAAUGGGAAAGAGAAGGUAGCUAA